AUGUUGGAGCCGUAUCUCCAAAGAUGCUUGAGAUCAUGGAUGAAGUCGAACAUGAACCUGAUGUUCCCAUGGAUCAUGCAACCAUGGCGGAAUCUGCAGUUUCGCAGUCUAGAGCUUUUCUCUGCGCUGUUGGCUUCCUUGACGAAGGGCAGACCCCUCAGCAUCGUACGCUCUGUGUCAGAUUCAAACGGCGGUGAAGCUUAUCGGCUCCUUGUGCGAACAUUGUCUCCUACAUCAAAAUCAAGAGCUUUAGCGCUUCUUGGUGCCAUUGCUCAGUAUCCUUCGUUCACCACGGGAAGUUUGCUGGAGCAGAUUCUGAAAUUUGAAGAGCUACAUGCUCGAUAUCGUCAAGCUUCAGGUAAGGAAGUAGAUGAACAACUUGUGAGUGCAGUGCUUCUUCGAUCACUUCCUCCCGAAGUCAAGAGUCAUGUGACAGUCAAUUUGCCUGAAGAUGCGUCGUAUGCUGUAUUGCGUGAGAUGCUCAUGAAGUGGGAGCGUGGGACUCAGAAAUGGUCGUCUUCAUUGGUUUCUGGUGGGAAUGCGCACUCCGAUGCCAUGGAUGUUGAUCAGAUUGGGCAGGUGAAGGGUGGUGACAAAGAUGCCAUCGUCGACAGUUCAAGUGCCAGCAUUCACAUGCUCCAGUGUUUCACCAUUCAUGAUGCUGGUGAUCCAUUCUUGAGUACGCCUCGACCUGAGCAUGAAGCCUUUGAUCUCACUCUUGAUGAUGACAGGAACAUCGGUUGUGGCAAUGUUCAGGUCGUCUUUGAAAGCAUUGAGGACGAAUAUUCCAGUGAUUCCUGGGAACAGGUCUCUCAUUCGGACCAACAGAUGUAUGAGAUAGCGCUGGACAGUGGCGCGGAUGUCUCGGUGAUGCCGUUUGAUUGGGCUUCCUUAGGCUCUCCUGAAGCUUCCACCGUGACUUUGGAGUUGCGUGACGCUCAAGGGGGCAACAUGCCACAUAAGGGUAUCAGAUGCUUGGAAUUGGACCUAGGAGAUGCAAUCCUGAAAGAGCAGUUCGUGGUGACCUCGGUCCGAGCCACGGCAUUGAGGGCAACAGCUCUACUGGCAUCCCAGUUCAUCCUGGCACAGGUCGUUCUCAUCCUAUCGAGCCUGAAGGCUUCCCAGCUCAUCUUGGCACAGGUGUGUGAAUUCAACGAGCGUUUGGAGACCCUGGAGAGUCUGGAGCUUCCCCUACCAGAAGUCACAGCCCCGGUGGAAGUGAUCACAAUCAUGACUAAAGAUCGUGCUUCGAUUACGCAGCUUGGGAUUGAGGUCAUGUUAGAUACACCGGACAGUCCAACAUCAAUGCAGCACGAGACUGAAUCUGAGUUCCAGUACUCCCCCGAUGCCCUUGAAGAGCCCCAGAAACUCCACCAGGAAUGCCAGAUGAUGCGGAGUUGCCCGACAUUGCAGAGGACAAAUUGGAGGCUCCUCCUGCACCUCUACCUGGUAUUGGUACCGACUUAG